AUGCCCCGGUCCCAAGGUCGCCAGGGAGGGCCAUCGCAACCUCGCCAUGUCUUGGGCGAGAGGGUAGCGCCGGCGGAUCUGCUCGAGUUUGAUGACGUCGCGUAUCCUUCCUAUCGCGCCGCUUGCGCCGCUCGUGGACUUCUCGCCGACGAUGGCGAGCACGACAUCUGUCUCAGAGAAGCUGCACAGAUUCAGACUGGUGACCAACUGCGGCGAUCGUUCGUGUUCAUGCUCAUCCAUGCGACGGUUGCCAACCCGCCAGCUUUGCUGGAUCGCCACUUUGCUUCCCUGAGCGACGAUGCCCGUUACCACAUCGAAAACUAUGAAGACGUACCCGUCAACGAUCAAACCAUCCGCCUGUGGACGCUCAACAAGAUUCGACUCCUUCUCGCGGCGAACGAUCAAACUUUGGCCUUCUAUGAUCUUCCCGAGCUGACCGAGGACGAAGUGCGGCUGUUCGAUCGCCCCGACGAUCGGUUUCCCCGUUUCGAUCGCGAGCAAUGUGCGCAAGAUGCUAAGGAGGCGCGUGCCCGCCUGAACCAUGCUCAGCGUAUUGCAUUUGACGAGUUUCUUCGCGCGGUCGAGCUCAAUGUCGUUGAUCAGAUGUGCGACGACAACCUUGGGCCGCAGCAUGUGUUUUUCCUGCUUGCACCUUCAGGUACUGGCAAGACUUUCGUGGAAAAUGCCCUUCUCGAUACUGUGCGAGCUCGAGGCCACCAAGCGAUUGCGGUGGCGUCGUCCGGAGUAGCGGCGUUGCUCCUCAAGGGGGGACACACGGCGCAUUCGACUUUUCGAAUCCCACUCGACGCGUCGCCGACCUCGACGUGUCCAGUCGACAGGAAGAGUGAUCUCGGUCUGAUGCUGCGUACCACCAAGCUCAUCAUUUGGGAUGAAGCAUCAAUGGCGCAUCGAUUCGCGGUGGAAGCGGUCGACCGUUUGCUGCGUGAUGUCCGAGAGACCGAGGAGCUCUUCGGCGGGGUGGCAACAAUCUUUGCGGGUCAGUUGGGCUCUUCCGCCUCCGAUCUGAACGACUGCACGCUAACGAGGUUUCCAAUUUGCAGGAGACUUUCGCCAAUGCCUUCCUGUCGUUCCUAAAGGAACUCCCGAUCAAAUCCUCGAUGCAUCCCUCUUCAAGGCAGACUUCUGGCGCCACGUUCGUGUUUUUCGACUCACCGAGAACAUGCGUCUCAGCUGGAACGCUGAUGCAAUUGAUGAGGCUCAAUUGGCUCGAACGCGCGACUUUGGGAAAUGGCUACUCAAAGUGGGAGAUGGAACUGCCAACAUGCACCCAUACGACUGGAUUGCAGUACGUUUGGCUCCCCUGUUUCGCCCGACCCACCGAGACUAAGACCCCUUCUAUUCGUUUUGCAGCUGCCUGAUUACCUGCUGCUCCCGGAUGGUCAAAGAACCGCCGAAGGAUUGAUCAACUUUGUCUACCCCGGUCUAAGGACCGUGAACAAAAAGUCCCUCGACGACCUGAUUCAGCUGUUCUCGCGUGGGGCAAUCCUAGCUCCGCAUAACGCAACAGUCGAUCGCAUCAAUGCCAAGCUGCUUGAAGACUUCGAUGGCGACUACGUCGAGUAUCGUAGCGCAGACGAGGUUGUCAAGGCAGGCGAAGCUGGGGGUGGAAUGGCGCCUGAUCUUAUUUCGCCAGAGUAUCUGCAUUCAAUCAACCCGUCCAACUUUCCCGCGCAUCACUUGCGUCUCAAGGAAGGGAUCCCUGUCGAUCUUCUUCGCGAUCUCGACCCAGACGCCGGCCUCUGCAACGGUACCCGCCUUAUCGUCUCGCACGCAAGAUCGCACGUCAUUCAAGCCAUCAUCUUGACCGGAGUUCGAGCGGGCACCACGGUCUUCAUCCCUCGUGUGCGACUCGAGACAAAUGCAACUAGCAGUCGCCAACUUGGUUUCACUAUGCGCCGGCUCCAAUUCCCGCUUCGAGUUGCCUUGGCCAUGACGAUCCACAAAGCCCAAGGUCAAUCACUUGAUCGUGUUGGCGUCGAUCUCUCCCUGCAUCCCGUCUUCACCCAUGGGCAGCUGUAUGUGGCAUUGUCUCGAGCCAUGAAUGUCGAUCGAGUCAAGGUGCUACUGCCCUCUCGCGACCCCGCCGAUUUUGUCGACUUCCUACAAGCCGUCGAUCAAGCGGCAGCGGCAGUCACCGUGACCCCAAAUCCCGUAUUUUGCCUGCCAGUGUUCGAGUCAGGGCGUUGAACGGAACAUAGUUUACCUUCACUGAGACCAUGUAAACCGUUUGAUUCUCCUGCGAGUUUCAUCAUCUCGGAUCUCACUGUGGCUUCCUUUACAUCACGAGUACUCUUCAAUUUUUCUGCUAUUUCAUUUCAUCCUCCCGUUAAGUUAACGGGUUCCCACUGGUAGGUUAUAAGCCCAACGACCUACCAGCGGCAGACGUCGACAACAUGGCCGAUGAUGAUGAAGUAUCACCACUUCCACCACCAUCAACGCCGGGCCAUAACGACGACGUCACACACAUCGGCUCUAUCUUGUUCUCACGCGCUGAGUAUGAACUGCUAGUGAGGAACCACUGCACUGACGAGGCCGCGACGAAGAAGCUCUCACGCCCCGUCACCUCCUGCCACCGAACGCGCCGGCUGCCUUCGCCGAGGACUGGGAACUCAUCGAGCAUAGCUACAUUGACUGGGACCUCAACAUGUCUCUCACUGUUGCCCCUGAAGUCUAUUCGUACUUGCGCAAGGGGACGAUCGACCCUACGUGGACCACGGCCGUACGCUCGCGCUGGGAGGAUUCUACGCGGCCUACGUGCUCGCCGACUCUCUGA